AUGCUUCUUGGCGAUGCAGGAGUUGGCAAGAGUGUGAUGGCCGGUGUCCUGGCCAAGAAUUCAGCCGCGGAGGGAAACUUGGCAGCUGCCUAUUUCUGCCGCGACAGAGAUGACACAAGAAACAAUCCCAGGUAUCUUCUAGGGACCAUCGCUUGUCAACUUUGCAAAUGUAAUGCUCAGUAUAGUAACUUUGUGGGAGGGGAGGGUGGCAUCAGAAAGUUUUUAAGCAAUUCUAAAAUAGGCAUACAGGGAUUGUUUACAAAAUUGUUACAAGAGCCAUUGACCAAAUGCAAUACCCCUUGCGAGAGAAAGUUGAUCGUUAUUGACGCUCUUGAUGAGACAAAAUAUGAGUCCAGGGAAGAUUUUCUCGAUGUUAUCACACGCCGCUUUCCAAUGCUUCCGAAAUGGCUUGUGUUCUUUAUUACCAGUCGCCCAGUAGACGCCGUGAAGUUCAGAUUCAAAAAUUACAAUCCCUGUAUUAAAAUCUGUGCGAAAAACGGCGAGAACCUAGAGUUUUAUAGACAGCACGAGCAGGACAUAAAGCUAUUUCUAGAAAAGAGCGUCGACUUCUCCCGUUUUCCCUACUCAGCGGAUGACGUAGUAGAAAAGUGCAAAGGAAUGUUUUUGUGUGCCUUCCAUAUUGUAAAAGAUUUAAAUGCUGCAGCACUUUCCGGUGAGAUUAUUCAGCUCGACGAUGUUUUCCAAGGAGAUAUUCAGGAUUACCUUUUGGAAAAUGUUAGCAGGGUGUUUCAGAAAGUAGGGGAGAAUCUAUUCAAGAAGCUGUUUGGUUGUGCGAUAGUGGCCCCUUCUCCACUUCCAUUAGCGUUUAUCGCGUUCAUUUUACAGAGGGAAAAAUCAAAUCUUGAGGAAUGGAAAGUAAUCGAUGCCCUUUCCUCAUUUUUUGAUUUUGAUAAAUCGUUCGACUUUCGUCACAAUCUAAUAUCAGAAUUGUUUACUGAAAAGGAGUCUUCCUGGUAA